AUGGCAACCGACGCCGACAGCACCCAGCCGCUGCUUGCGUCCAGCAACGAUGCGCCGAGCUACGGCAUCAGCAGUAGCAAAGCCCAAGACACCCAGGGGCACGAUGGUGCCGUCCACGGUGUCGUGCAUUUCGCGCCUGGAGACCCGGAGGACCCUCGAAAUUGGCCCAGGUGGAAAAAAUGGCUUAUGAUCGGGCCCAUCCUCAUCAUUGACCUUUCGGUCAGCUGGGGCGCGUCCGGCUUCUCACCAGCCAGCAAGAAGUUUGCCGAAGACUGGGGUUUGUCGCCUGAGGCAGGGACGUUGGGGUUGUCCCUCUACGUGCUGGGUCUGGCAUUUGGGCCGAUGACUUUCCGGGGUUGGCGCGACGUUUUCUGGGCUCUUCUCGGCAUCAACGGCGGCCUUUGGGCCAUCAUGACGGCGUCCCUACUCUUCUGCGGUGAGACUCGGCAUAGCAUUGUUCUUUCCCAGCGUGCAGAAAAGGCACGUAAGCUGAACCACACGAGCAACAUUGACGUUCCGGAUCACCUGAAGAAGAGAGGCGUCAAGGAGCUUUUCACUGUCACUCUUACAAGACCGUUCAGAUUUCUGGCAUCUGAGGCUAUCAUCGCGUUCGCUGCCCUUUAUAAUGGCUAUCUGUACGGUUUGAGUUUCCUGUUCAAUACGGCAUUUGUUCUUGUCUUCGGGCAAGGCCAUGGAUUCGACACUAUCGGUGUAGGAAUAUGUUUCCUCGGUAUCUGUGUUGGUAUCAGCCUCGGUCCCGUCACAAACAUCUGGCAAGAGAAGUAUUAUCAGAGAAAGGUCCAUGAGUCUGGAGGCAAGAAUGUGCCGGAGGCGCGAGUCCAGAUGGGGAAAUUGGCUGCUAUUGCUUUUCCUAUUUCUCUUCUCUGGUUUGCUUGGACCACUUCUCCUAGCAUUCACCCACUCAUCCCAGUCUUGGCCUCGGCACUCUGGGGCUGGUCCUUCUACACGCUUAUCCUCAUGACAUUCACCUACACCGAGGAUUCGUACAAGGUGUACUCUGCCUCGGCGCUCGCCGGCAUCGGCCUCAUCAGAAACCUGUUCGGCGCCGCAUUCCCGCUCUUCGCGCACAGCAUGUUCACGCAGCUGGGGUAUCAGUGGGCAAGCACGAUCUUGGCCGGGCUGGCGCUGGUGUUGGUGCCGAUUCCGUUCGUGUGGAGCAGGUACGGCAGAGUGUUGAGGGAGAAGAGUCCGUGGGCAAGGGAACAUAUGGAUGAUCUUGAUGGGGAUGAGGGGGACGAGGAGGCGGCAGGUGGGGAGGAGGCGUAG